GUUUGAUCUAAAUAUAAGUGUUUAUCCACGUUUUUAAGAUGAAUUUGUAAAUGAUCUGUAGCUUCGUAGAAAAUGGAUAAGAAAAUAAUCUUGCACAGUAUUAUGUAGAAUCAAGUCGCGGUACAGUAAGCUAACACUGGCAAGCAAGCACACCGCCUAGCUAGCUAACGUUAGCUAUACAUUCAGGGAGUGCUUAGUCGACUGGUAUUUUCUUCGUACUAGUUAUUUUGAAUGGCAGCCUUGCAUGUAAAGCUGCUAGAAGGAUGAAAUAAUGCAAUUCCGGCUAUGAACAUGCUUUUUAGUUCCCACUCCAGAAGGAGAGGACAGCCCGUGGAAAGGGAUUGGAGGCAACACCACAACCAGGGGGUAUGGCGAGAAGUGCAAGAGGAGAGGAGGCAGGAGUCCGUCCCCAGGGGUGUCUGCCUGUCUAUGUGCCCUAUCCGCGAGCUGCAGGACAGGGAGGCCCAGAACUUACUGCACCGAUUUGAGGUGUUGUCAGGUACUGAGCGGGAACGCUGGCCCAGGGCUGACCCCUCAGGAGUGGUAAAGGAGUAUGCUAGACCUGCAGCAGGGAAGGACUCCACUCGACCUAGUGACCUGCGACCACCAGCUGUGCUGCUAAAGACGGUGUUCUACCUCGUCGACAACAUCGCUGCCUCCCCCACACUGCGUCCAUGGACCGAGGUGUAUGACUUUGUCUUUGACCGGCUGCGCAGUGUGAGACAGGAUAUGAUCAUCCAGAGGGUGUCUGGCGCUGACUGUGUGGCCGUGCUGGAGAGGACAGUCCGCUUCCUGAUCUACGCCUCCUACCGGCUGUGUGGGGAGCCCCUGCGCCUCUACGACCCCCGCAUCAAUGACACCCACCUGCAGGAGAGCCUCAGCUGGCUGCUGGAAUGCUACACCAGUGGAAAGCACCCCAACCAGGAGGAGUUCCAGGCCCUCAGUCUCCUCUACAACCUGGGUUCAAGCCGUGCCAUUCAGCACACCAUGGAGCUGCCAGAGCGGAUACGCUCCUCCCCUGUCAUGCAUCUGGCCCUAUCAGUGAGCCGGGCCUUCAUGGAACGCAACCCUGUACGACUCCUCCGAUUGGCCCACAGGCUGGACUUCCUGCAGAGCUGUGCCCUGCACCGGCACCUAGAGACCUGUCGCAGGGACCUGCUGCUGAUCUACAGCCACGGACACAGCAGCAAGAACUGCCGCUUCCCCCUCCACAAGCUGGCCCACAUCCUAGCCCUGGACGUCCCCCUCACCAACCAGCUGUGCCAGGCCCAUGGGGUGGAAGUCCAUGGGGACUCAGUGGUCUUCUCCAAGACCUCCUUCACUGAGCCAGAGGCUGGGAAGCUACAGUGUGCACACUUUCAUGAUCUGGUGGACCGGAAGCAGAGGGAUCUCACUGUUGGUAGCAUCAUUCAUGGCUGCACUUGAUAUGACCAGACAUGGACAUUGGAUAAACUGCAGCCUGUCUGCUCCAAGAAGACUGAGAUGCACUUGAUUUUAUAGAUUUGAAAGUUGUUUUCUAAAUAAACUUGUUUUAAUGUGAAUUGUGAAUGUUCCCUUAACAUUGACAGCUGUUACAUUUACACAUAAUGUUGUGUGAUUAUAAAGUUGCUCUUCUGUACAAAUCAAACAUUUCAUUAUGAUAGAUCAGCGAUCAGACAAGAAAUGUAUGUCAUAUAGAGAACCACAUGAAUUGCCAUGUUUUAUAUACUGUAUCUGUAAUUGUUUUUGACUUGUGCUACCUAUGGUUUUAAAAUAAAGAAACUCUUUUUUUGAA